AGCACUAGGAAUAGAAUCCCAUAGCACUUCUUAUUCACCUGAAUAUCUAUCAGUUGAAUACUAAGAUGAAGAGAGCCUUUGCAACAAGCGUCUUGUUGACCUGUUUGGUUGCCGGGAUACUCGGCAAGCCAUUAACUAAGGAGUCAGAAAAGGAACGUCCCAUGAGGAAGGUGGAAUUCAACGGACAAGUCGUUUACGUGCCCGUUCAAGAGAAAUUGGCUGACCCGUUCUCAAGCAGGAUAACUGGUGAUGAACAGAAGACGGAUAUGAUCCUGAACGAAGAACAGAAAGAAUAUAUUCGACAGGAGAAAGAGGAACACAAAGAUGGACGAACCAAGAGGAAGGCCGUGAGGGAUGUUUUGAAAAGAUGGACCAAAGUCGGUGGGGACGUCAUUGUGCCAUUCACCAUGGAUAGCCCAACUGAUGAUAUACCAUAUAUCUACGAAGCAAUGGAUCAUUGGUCGACUAAGACAUGUGUGAAGUUUGAAACUUACUCUUCGGAUCGUUCCUCAACACUGGGUCACAACCAGAGGCUUCGUUUCCAUAAGGCGGAUGGGUGCUGGUCAUACGUCGGUAGGCAACCUACAUACGAGAUGCAACCACAGCCUAUAUCAAUUGGAUCUGGGUGUUUACAGUUGGGAACCAUCGCUCAUGAGAUCGGGCACGCAAUGGGAUUCCAACAUGAGCAGUCGAGACCAGACCGCGACGACUAUGUCGAAGUUUUUUGGACAAACAUCGAGACAGAUCAACAACACAAUUUUGACAAGGAGUCACUUCAAGACGUUAUGGCUAGCGAAGUAGUCAAAUAUGAUCUCACAUCUGUCAUGCAUUACGGAGCAUACGGAUUCGCCAUCAAUGAAAACAUACCGACGUUGGUAACAAAGCGACCAUUCGACAUGCAGUACAUCGGUCAAAGGUCUGGUCUCAGUUUCUACGAUGUCAAAUUAGCAAACUAUAUCUACAACUGUAAUUUUACUUGUGACCCCCUUCUGGACUGCGCCAACGAAGGCUUUGUAGACAAAACAUGCACAUGUCAAUGCCCCCCUGCUUGGACGGGGGCGCUCUGCAACGAAAACUCAAAUGUACCCGAAACAAUUACUGAGAUCACCAGAACUGAGCCAUCUGGGGAGAUCACAUCCCCUGACUAUGAAUCUGGACAGUACCCCAUAAACUCAGCCAGCAUGAUUUAUAUGGUUGGCGAACCUGGAGCUACGAUUACAUUAACGUUUGACGCAUUCGAUAUAGCAGAUCCAGGCAGUCAUGGGUGUUGGGACUACGUUCAGGUCAACAGUGAUGACCCGCGAUACGGAGGAGAGAAGUAUUGUGGAAACCAAAUACCAGCCCCAAUCGUAGCAAAAGAUAACAUUAUGAUCUGGUUCUACUCCAACGGAGUAAAUACCGACAAGGGAUUCAGGGCCCAUUUUACCAUUGAUCGACCACUAACCGAAGCACCUGUCGUAACUACCAAAGCACCAACCACACCUGUAGUAACUACCGAAGCACCAACCACACCUGUAGUAACUACCAAUGCACCAACCGAAGCACCAACCACACCUGUCGUAACUACCAAAGCACCAACAAGUGAAGCGCCACUAAGUACCUUAACUUCCCCAAACUACCCGAAUGCUUACAAUGCCCGGGAAAAGAAAGUCUACCGCCUAACUACUGAUGUAGGCAAAAAGAUUUAUCUAAAGAUCGAUGAAAUGGAGAUUCAGGAGGGCAGAAAUAGAUGUAACUAUGACGCCCUUAUCGUCAAUCUCGGAGGUACUGACGAGGUUUUGAAAACACGACUGUGUGGAACCAGGACUAACGUUGGUCCAUUCGAAUCCUUGUCGAACAAAAUGAAGCUGAUAUUCAUCACCGAUGGAUCCGAAGAGAGGAGAGGCUUCAAGGUAUCGUACAAGAGUAUCACAGAAUCCACAUGCGGUGGAACCUUCGGUGGGGAGUCCGGUAUAGUCGAGUCACUCAACUACCCCAUACACUACCCCAACCAGAUAGUCUGUGAUUACGUCAUUCAGGUAGAUCCUGGAAAGGUCAUUAGGUUGACAUUCAAUGAUUUGGACGUGGAAUAUGGACCUAAUUAUCUUUGCCAGUAUGACUGCCUAAAGGUGAUUCAACUGAACCAAAAUGACCAAGAAGAGACUCUAUUGAGCCUGGACGGGACGUCUCCACCAUUGCCAAUUGUGUCUCGGACCAACCAGCUCACUCUUCGCUUAUCAUCUGAUGCGUAUGUUGGAGGCAAAGGUUUCCAGGUUUCAUAUCUUGCUAUCUAAUUCCUCAGUCACAUCUUCAAAUCGACUCCAAAUUGACUCUAAACCGACCGGUUUUUACUCCAUCAUUAUGACCAUGCGGUCGGUAUGUUCUCAGUGAGGAGUCGGUCUCGCUGGUGUGACUAUAGGCUAUUGAUAAACAUGGACAUAAUAACGAGCAGACUUUCAUCAUUUCUUCUUAACUUUUGAACGAUUAAUUGUUUAAGCUAAAUUAUAUUUGAAAUUCUAUUCUGUAAUACCUUAUGAGGGCAUUUAGAUAUUUUAGAAGAAGAGAAUAUUGCUAAUAUAAAGGGGGUUGAUCCUUCAUUAUAACAUUAGUCUGAGUGGAAGAGGAAGUAUUGAACAAAAUGACA